AUGGUUAUUUCAGUGUCUACGCUUUUCUUGAAGCACCCAGACAUUGCAGCAAAUUUCAAACCAAAGAACCAACGGUUGAAGACAACAUACAUGAAUAUCUUCGUCGAUCUCAUCGAGACAGUGAACAAGCCACCACAUAGCUUAUCUGAGACUGAGCUAAGCAACGUUCGCAGCGAGUUGAUCGAGCUAACAGAAGCGGGCUUCAAGCUAGACUGGUUGGAGACAAAGCUUGAUGAGGUUUCCUUGGAGAGGAAGAAAGCAAGUGUUGAUGGUAUUAGAGUCCAAGAACUCGAGGAACAAGUCAAGAAUCUCAAAGCUGAACUGAUCAAGGAGAAAGUAAAAUCUGCUACCUCUGCUGCUAAACUCGACGAACAAGUCAAGAAUCUCAAAGCUGAACUGAUCGAGGAGAAGGAAAAAUCUGCUACUUAUGCUGCUAAAGUGUUGUCCUUAGAGAAGACCGUGUCAAAUAUCAUAGAGAUGAACAAGAAGCGGAAAUUAAGCCCUCAGUAA